GUACAAAAGUAACGGUAGGUCGAAAGUAACAAAUGGUCUGUAGGUUUCUCCAAUAGCCAUACGCCACUUCGCUACCGUAAGGUGUUUGCUGACUGCGCCCCCCCCGCUUACAUUCAGUCGCCGCGCGCGCCACGCGCUUUUAGGUUGUGUGAGAGGACGCUACGUGAUUUCACAAAUCAAAAGUAAGUUUUUUAACGUUUUCUUAUUUAAUGUUUUCGUAGUCUGAAAAGGAUGAUACCAAUAUGAACAUGUGCAUAUUAAUUCUUGAUUAGAUUGAUUACACACUGUUUUCAUUCGUUUUUAUCUAUCACGUUCCCUUUUAAGGUUAUCUUUCAUGUUUCAACAAAAAUAUGGUCGGGUACAAAAGUAACAUAGCCCUAUGGGUACACAAGUAACAUGUUACUUUUGUCCCCGUAUUGAUUGAUUUAUUUAAAACUGUUAUGUGUGUAUUUUUUUCUACAGAAUGCCGCGACAACGCAUAAGGACUACCACACGAGGAACUACUGACAUGGAAGUGUACCGAAAAGCAGCUGAAGAACAUGCCAAAGAUGGUACAAAAAUUAGAUCCCUGGCAAAAAAAUAUAAUGUUUGUCAUGUAACUUUAUACAGAUAUAUAAAAAAGAUAAAAGCAGGAAAUACUAGCGCAAUUGUGGGCUACCGUUGCGUCAACCGUGUGUUUAAUAUUGAUGAGGAAAAAUGUCUUCAGGACUAUUUGAUCGAAUGCUCUGGAGUUUACUUUGGGUUGUCUCCACCUGAAGUACGAAAAUUGGCAUAUGAGUUGGCGAUAAAAAACGGAAAAUCAUUUCCUGAAAAGUGGCACGAUACACAAAUGGCUGGUAAGGAAUGGUUGGCGGGUUUUUUAAAGCGACAUCCGAGCCUCUCUUUGAGAUGUCCGCAAGCAACAAGCCUGUCGCGGGCCUCCAGUUUCAAUGAACAUAACGUGAGUAAGUUUUAUGAUAACCUUGCUAAUGUAAUGGAUAGGUAUAAAUUUGAGCCAAACGAUAUCUGGAAUAUGGAUGAGACAGGGGUGACCACUGUCCAAAAACCUAGUAAAAUUGUAGCUCAAAAAGGAGUUAAACAAGUAGGCGCAGUAACCUCAGCAGAACGUGGGAGAUUAGUAACUGUUGCUGUAGCGAUUAAUGCUCAAGGAGGACACAUACCUCCUUUUUUUGUAUUCCCAUUGAAGCGAUACCAAGACCACAUGAUACGUGAAGGUCCUGUUGGUUGUGCCGGAGCUGGCAAUGCUAGUGGAUGGAUGCAGGAAGCAGAAUUUUUACUAUUUCUAGAACACUUCAAAAAACAAGUCAAGCCGACAGUAGAUCAAAAAUGCUUGUUACUGCUCGACAACCAUGCAUCACAUAUAUCUAUCCAAGCUCUAGAUUUUUGUAAAAAGAAUGGAAUAGUACUGCUGUCGUUUCCACCCCAUUGCACGCACAAACUACAGCCUUUAGAUAGAGCAAUAUUUGGACCAUUCAAAAAAAUGAUAAACACUGCUACAGACAACUGGAUGCGAAAUCAUCCUGGGCAGACAAUGACUAUCCAUUACAUUCCUGGGAUUGUUAAUGAAGCAUUUCCUCUUUCUGUCACUGAUCGAAAUGCAAUUGCUGGAUUUGCCUGUACCGGUAUAAGUCCAUUUAACAGGAACGUUUUUACUGCUGUCGAUUAUGCACCAUCAUCUGUCACUGACCGGCCUUUACAAGUUAACAAUGAAAUUCCACCAAAUGAUCAGUUGACCAAUUUUGACGCAAUAUCCUCCAUUCAAGUUGAUCCAGAUACUCUAGUAGAUAAUAUUCCACCAUCGAGUGACCGGACUGUCCAGCGUACAAUUAGCGAUGAUAUCUCUCAAAGAUCCAACUCGCCAGUACCAGGACCUAGCGGGCUACAACAAGCAAAUUCUUCUCAACCAUUUGAUUUCACUCCUAAAGAUCUUAGACCUUUACCACAAGCGGGUCCGAGAACUACAACAAAUAAAGGACGUAAAAAACGUAAGACAGCAAUAUUGACGGAUACGCCCGAAAAAAACGCAAUUGAAGAAGAAUACCAACAAAGAAAUAAAGCCAAGAAAAUGGUUUUACAACCACAUACUGGAAAUGGCAAGAGGAAGAUGACAUCUACGAAAGGGAAGGGAAAAGGAAAAAAGACAAAGAACGAAGCUAAAGACAAGGAAAAUAAAUCUGACGACGAAGAUUGCUUCUGUCUCGUUUGUUUAGAAACUUUUAGCAACAGUAAACGAAAUGAGCAGUGGAUACAAUGUACCCAAUGUAAAAUGUGGUCACAUGUUGAAUGCGUCAACGAUGAUGCAAAUUAUGUGUGCCAUAAUUGUGAGUCUGACUAAAAAACUAAUGCUAAUUAGUCUGUUUAUAAAAAAAAUAUUACUAUAUAAUAAUUGAUCUCAUUACUUAAAGUAAGAAUAAUUUGUUUUGUUUUCUUGAAACAUUUUUGAGCAUUUAA